AUGCUAGCGUUAUUGGUGAUUCCGAUAGUGAAUUCAUUCAAACUGCUAGAAAAUGAUUCGAUAUUGCUUGACAGGGCUUGGAGUAUGGUCUAUAAACUGGAACAUAAACAGACCGAUCUAAAACGGAAGAUAAAAGAGGAUAUCGUUAAGGAUGUGUUAAGAGGGUUCAGCUGUGAAAAAAAAAUGUGUGAAGUUCAGAUGAAAUUACAAACAGCGUUCUUCGAACAACAACAAGAACGAGCAGAAGCGCAAAUGAAAAUGCAACAGAGCUUCUUUGACAAACAGCAGAGCCUGAAAGUUAAAAGUGAGAAUACAGUCAAGUUACCUAAAUUAGACAUGAUUUCCUUUAACGGAGAUAAACUCAAAUGGACUGAAUUCUGGGACUCAUUCUCCAGUGCUGUACAUGAAAACGACAAGCUGUCAUCAGUUGACAAGUUCAACUAUCUAAAGGGAAAGCUCUAUGGUGAAGCCCGAAGUGCUAUCGCUGGAUUGGUUAUGUCGAAUGAAAACUACGACAUUGCUAUCCAAAUUCUCAAGGAAAGACUUGGAGAUCAGCAAGACAUUAUAGAUUUGCAUUAUAAGGGACUGGUGAAUGUUGCGUCCCCAAGGGAUACGACUGAAAGUUUGCGACUUUUCUACGACAAAAUACAAAAACACUUGAGAAGUUUGGUGGUUAUGCAUGAGAUUUUGGAGCAACAAGUUUUCGUGUCAAUCAUUCGGAGCAAACUGCCAAGUGAAGUUCUUAUGCAUCUUGAAAUACAGAAAGGCUCAAACAACAAGUGGACAUUAACUAAGCUUUGUGAAUUGCUUCGACAGUAUAUUGUGUCAAAAGAAAAGUCGGACAAACCCAAACCAGUCAACGCUAAUUUUAUACCUAGUAGAAGAGUGAGACCACAAUUUCAGAAAUCAACAAAUACCUUUAAAGGCUUCAGGGGACCCUCAACAGCAAAUACCACUGCUGGAGCUUUGACUGCAUAUGAAAAGAAAAGGUCUACUUCUCCCCAACAACAUCAGAAGAAAACCUGUAGAUUCUGUAGUAAGAAUCAUUGGAGUGACGAAUGUCCACGGUACAAGACAAUCGACGAAAGAAAAGCAAAAAUCAAGGGAUGUUGCUACAAAUGCUUAAAAGAAGGACACAUGUCUCCUGACUGUAAAAGCAAACGAAUGUGUGUCCAUUGCAAUAAAUCAGAUGUACAUCACAGAAGUUUGUGCCCAGUGAAAUUUAGAAAGGCACCUAUUCAUGAAAGUGUUAAUUUAUUAGAAGAAGGAGCAUGCGCGUCUGAAGAAAGUAUAGAAACAAGAGAAAUUCCCAUUAAUUCAACAGAUGGUGGUGUUUGUAAUGAAAGUUCAUUAUUAUCAUCCAAUGAAAUAGUGAUGAUGCAAACAUCGCGCACUGAAAUUUGGGACACAGAAGGUCUUAAUAAAGAAAAUGUAAGAAUUCUUUUAGAUUCCGGAUCGCAAAGAACGUACAUUACAGAGCGACUGGCAACAUCCCUGAAUCUAAAGAGGACAAAUGAACAAGAGAUUCGUCUGGUUACGUUUGGUAGCGACAAAUCGAAGGUGAUAAAGACAAUGUCUACAAAGUUAAAUGUUCGGUUGAAGGAUGGACACGAUUACACAAUAACAGCAAAUAUAGUUCCAACAAUUACAGGAAGCAUUCAAAGGAAACCAGUACGUAUAUCGGAUAGAGACAACUUCAGGUCGUUGAUAAAGAAUCUUAGUCUAGCGGACGAUAUACCUACUGAAGAAUACACAGACUCAAUUGAAUUAUUGUUGGGAAAUGAUUAUUACCUGGAUAUAGUAUUAGGACAUAAAAUAGAGAUUCAGCCAGGACUUUAUCUCUUGUCGUCAAAACUAGGUUGGAUUCUUUCUGGAAGAACAAAUGAGAUAGAUGAUAAUGUGAGUGAUACAAACUUGUUAAUAUUAUCAUAUGGCAAUAACAUUACAAAGACGCAAGUGUUUACGAACGUUGACAAAUGUGUUCCAAAAACACCUGACAUCGAAAACUUUUGGAACAUAGAAACAAUAGGAUUAAAAGAUACCACCAACGUAAGAUCUGAAGAUGAUCAAGCGAUGGAAGACUUCAAGGAAAACCUUGUAUUCAAGGAUAACAGAUACCAUGUUACAUGGCCUUGGAAAAUCGACCAUCAAGAAGUUCCGGAAAAUCGUCCUCUUGCCUUUGGACGAUUAAAGUCAUAA